AUGGCCACUCCCAGAAUGGGUGGCGUUGUCGCCGCAGUCACAGUGGCCAUAGUACUCUUCGCCAUAUACCUCUCACCAUCGACUGAUGUCAUAGUUGAACAUAUCAAUGAUUACUACAAUGUCGUUUUCCCCAAAGCACCCGUAUCUUCCCCUACAGUCUAUGAUCCUCAUCGUGGCAUCAAAUAUAUUGGCACUUUGUCAAACGGGGUAGAACACUUUCAAAACAUCUUCUACGCAGAGGAGCCGACUGGUCCCCGUCGCUUCGCUCCCCCAGUCCCCGUCCGCCCACCGAAAGGUUCUGUGAUAGAUGCCACUCAGUCUGGAGCAUGGUGUCCACAGGGGACAGGAGAUAUCCUGCCUUUCACGAGUAGAGUGACAAAUAUCAGUGAGAAUUGCCUGAGCUUGAGGGUUGCUCGCGCGACCGGUGUGAAAAUCCAGGAUAAGCUUCCUGUUGUGGUGUGGUUACAUGGAGGUGGUCAUGCUCUGGGCUCUGCUUCUGACAUCCUUUACAAUCCAGAAGGACUGCUUCAAGAGGCAGUGGCAGCGGGGAAGCCGCUGAUAUACGUCGGGAUAAACUACCGACUAGGAUUCUUUGGAUUUGCGACCAGCAAGGCUAUGAUUGCGAAGAAGCAGACAAAUGCCGGACUGCGUGACCAGCGCGCUGCCUUGGAAUGGGUCCGGGGCAACAUUGAAGCCUUUGGGGGUGAUCCCAGCAGAGUAACUGCUAUCGGACAGAGCGUCGGGGCCAGCGACAUCGGCCUGCAUUUGACAUCAUUCAAUGGCACUAAAGGUGUCCCUUUCCGACGCGCAAUCAUGAUGUCUGGCGCUCCAGGUGUCAACUUCAACAGUGACCCGAGUCUGGUAUCCGAGAACACCGCAAACAUAGCGCGAGAGGUUGGUUGCAUCAACACCAAUGACGCCGAAUCCCUUGAGACCCUCGAAUGUCUUCAACGCAUCCCCUUUGGCACCCUCACCAACCUCUCCGUCACGGCAUCACGUGCAGCUCGCCCCCCGUUUGGAGAAGGAUUUUUCUAUCCGACCAUUGACGGCGACUUUCUUCCCGCUCGACCCUCCGAGCUCCUGCGUGCCGGCAACUUCGUCAAAGAUAUCCCUAUUAUUGCUUCGUGGGUGACCAACGAUGGAGCCUGGUAUGCCGCACCCCCCACCUCCACCGACGAAGAAGUGCUUGCUAGCUUCGGACUGUGGCUGUCAAAGCUUUCCACUUCCACAAAAGCAAGACUGCUGGAUUUGUAUCCCAUCACAGAUUUCGCGCAUAUGAUCCGCGAGAGCUACGACGGCCCUAUCUCACCACAGUACUACCGUGCCGCGCAAAUGAAUCGUGAUAUCUGGUUUACCUGUCCAGUGCUUGAUUUUGCAUGGCAAUAUGCUCAGAAAGGGGGGUUAAGCCCGUCCAAAGUCUGGCUCUAUGAACAUAAUGCGACUAGAUACGCACCAGUAUUUGAAAUUAUGGGCGUACCAAUGUGGCGCGUUGCCCAUCUCAGCGAUAUUCCCUAUGUCUUGAACAAUGCUAAUCUGGAGGGUGGGGCCGAUAACUCCCCGGAACAAAUGAAGUUGGCACGAAAGGUGAGCAGGAAGGUAAUUGGGUUUGCGUAUGAUGCGAGUCCCAGUGAGGCGUGGGCUGCGGCAUUCUCGGGGAUCAGUGAGCAGGGUCUUUCUAAAGAUUCACCUGAUCAGCUGUCGAUUCAGACUUUCGGGGGCCCUAUGGGGUCGCGAGCCGUCACAGUCCGCAAAGGUGCUGAUACCAGUGGUUCCACAGAAGCAGAAAAGGCACUGUUAUGGGAGAGGCUGUUUGACCGGUGCGAAUUCAUCAAUAGUGCGCAGAUGCGAGCAGAGGCCGGAGUAUAG